UCUAUACACUUGUAUGUACACGCGUUUGUCCAUUUUUUAGGGCAGUGUCUUGUAGUUUAGGAUGUGCACACUAUGAGGCAGGAGCGGGGCUGUCCCGCCCGGAGCUCGGCUAUGCCUCUAAUCAAGCAUCCUCCAGGCUCCGGACACUACGUACAGUUCCCGCCUGCCAGUCUUCUGAGGCAGGGUAGCUGCUCCCUCACUCCUGAGUUCAUGUAGCCGCCCCUCCUCCUGCCCUGGCAUCUGCCCCUCACAGCUGAGCGCCGGGCAUAGCGCAGCCAGCGCCCCUCCAUCUGAGGAGAAAACACCCUGAACUCGUCUUGUGAGGAAAUCUCCCGCCAUGGCGUUCUCAAGCGACGAGACCACCCUAGAGCUGGACGAGAUGUCGGAGGACGGGGAGACCAUAGUGUCUGAUGAAAUGGAGCAAACAAUAUUACCAACCUAUGGAACCAUGCAAGAUAGUGUAUGCAGACUUAAUACCGCAGAAAUGGUAGAGUUUAAUCAAAACUCAGAAUCCUUAUACUUCAACGAUAACCAAAGGCGAAUAGAUUAUAUAUUAGUUUAUGAAGAUGAGUUUUUUAAGGAGCAAACCAAGAACACAAAGAGGAAUCUCCUCCUAAAACAAAAGAAAAAGCGACAAGCCUAUGAGGCCAAUCUUAUGAGAAACGGCUUACAGCUGGAGGCAACAAAAUCUGUUUCAGACGAUGGACUAGUGUUUGUGAAGGUGCACGCGCCAUGGGAAGUCCUGUGUACAUAUGCAGAAGUAAUGCAUAUCAAACUGCCUAUACAGCCCAAUGAUUUAAGGCAAAGGAAGUCUGCUUUUAACUGGUUCACCAAGAUCUUUAGCGUAAGUGAGGAUGUGAUUAUUCCAGAACAAGAGUUCUUCACUGCUCCAUUUGAAAAGGAUCGCAUAAGUGACUUUUAUAUAAAGGACAAUGAAUCCUUCUUCACUCCAGCCACCCGGAGCCGCAUUGUUCAGUUCAUUUUGUCUCGUGUUGAAUAUGCAGUGAAGGAAAAUGUGAAAAAAUUUGGCAUUAACAAAUUGCUGGAUUCUGGGAUCUACAAGGCAGCAUUUCCUCUUCAUGAUGGUAGGUUUAAUGUCAGGUCUGAUGAAAAAGGAUGCCUAAAUGAAAGAUACCUACUGUACAGAGAAUGGGCCCACCCUCGUAGUUUUUACAAGUUACAGCCUUUGGAUCUUGUAAGGAAAUACUAUGGUGAGAAAACUGGAAUUUAUUUUGCUUGGCUUGGAUUCUACACUCGAAUGUUGUUUCUGGCAGCAAUAGUUGGUCUUUGCUGUUUCCUUUAUGGCUAUAAAUCUCAGGAAUCCUGUACCUGGAGCAAAGAAGUUUGUGACCCUAAUAUUGGAGGAAACAUUAUUAUGUGUCCACAGUGUGACAAGGAGUGUACAUACUGGUACCUUAAUAUCACUUGUGAAUCAUCAAAGAAACUUUGCAUAUUUGACAGUUUUGGAACCCUUGUGUUUGCAGUAUUUAUGGGAAUAUGGGUUACUUUGUUCCUUGAGUUUUGGAAGCGACGACAAGCUGAACUAGAAUAUGAGUGGGACACAGUUGAGUUUUUAGAGCAAGAAGAGCAGCCUCUUCCAGAGUAUGAAGCAAAAUGUACCCAUGUGGUUGUGAAUCCCAUAACUCAGCAAGAAGAACACGUACCUUAUACAGCCUUUGGAAAGUGUUUGAGGAUGGCUUUCUGUACAAGCGCAGUUUUUUUCUGGAUUCUGCUCAUAGUUGCUUCAGUAGUUGGUAUCAUUGUAUAUAGACUUUCUGUCUUCUUGGUUUUCUCGGCAACACUGCCAAGGCACAUUAAUGGAACAGAAGCAAUUCAGAAGUACCUAACUCCACAGACUGCCACCACGGUUACUGCAUCCAUCAUCAGCUUCAUCAUUAUCAUGCUUCUAAACAUGGUCUAUGAAAAGGUGGCAAUAAUGAUUACAGACUUUGAGCUACCUCGAACAAAGACGGACUAUGAAAACAGUCUGACCACAAAGAUGUUUUUGUUCCAGUUUGUCAAUUACUACUCCUCUUGCUUCUACAUUGCUUUUUUUAAAGGGAAGUUUGUGGGGUACCCCGGAGAUCCAGUUUAUUGGUUUGGAAGAUUUCGCAAUGAGGAAUGUGAUCCUGGUGGCUGCCUUCUUGAACUGACAACACAGCUGACUAUUAUAAUGGGAGGCAAAGCCAUCUGGAAUAAUAUUCAGGAAAUUCUUCUGCCAUGGAUAAAAAAUAUUAUUGCAAGAUGUCGUUCUUCUGGAAUAGAAACAAUAAAGCCUCGGUGGGAACAGGAUUACCGUUUGCAACCUAUAGGAAAAUUAGGAUUGUUUUAUGAGUAUCUUGAAAUGGUGAUCCAGUUUGGAUUUGUUACUUUGUUUGUGGCAUCCUUUCCUCUUGCUCCUCUUUUGGCCCUUGUAAACAAUUUACUGGAGAUUAGGGUGGAUGCAUGGAAGCUCACCACUCAGUUCCGGUGCAUGGUACCAGAGAAGGCACAGCACAUUGGAGCCUGGCAGCCAAUCAUGCAAGGAAUUGCAAUACUUGCUGUGGUAACAAAUGCUAUGAUCAUUGCUUUUACAUCUGAUAUGAUCCCACGUUUGGUUUAUUACUGGUCUUUCUCUGUUCCACCCUAUGGCAGCCAUACUUCCAGCACUAUGCAAGGAUACAUCAAUAACACGCUUUCAGUCUUCAGCAUAUCGGAUUUCAAAAAUGAAAGCAGACCGGUUUCACCAGCUUGGUUUGGCACACAAACUACAUGCAGGUCUUUUGGGUAAUUUCUUUCAAGUAGCCUUGACUCUAGUUCAUCAGCUUAUUUAAGAUAAGUAUUUUUCUGGAAAUUAUUUCUUUUUAAACGUAAAAAUUGUCCAUAGGGAAUACCAUUCUUCACUGCCGCUGUAUGAGAGCUAUCAUAGUGAAGAAUGGUAUUCCUUGCAACUUCCUUUCUAUAGCCCUCAGUUAUCAGUACACCAUUUUCUACUUUAAUGCACACGUCCAGAAACUCUAAUUCUGUGCCUCCAUACUGUUGUGUGAAUGCCAUAUUGUAACCCGUUAUGUCAUUUAGAUAUCGGACAAAUUCGCUAAAUUGACUAUUGGUGCCCCGACCAUAUCAACAGGACAUCGUCUACAAAGCGAGCGUAUGUCUUCAUGUAUUUAAUGCACGGGUUGAGAUUGGAAUAUACCACCUCAUUCUCAAACCACGCCAAAUAGAGGUUAGCGUACGUGCAGGACACCGGUGUCCCCAUCGGGGUCCCGGUGUCCUGCCUGUACCAUUUGUCUCCAUAUCUAAAGGUACUGUUUUUUAGGACGAAUUCAAGAGUUUCUUUUACGAACUCGAUGAAAGAUGUAGAUUUGUUAGUUCUUUUUAACAUAUUAACCACGGCUUGGAUUCCCUUAUCAUGAGGAAUACGUGUGUAUAAAUUUCCUCCUUCCCACCCUAUGGAUAGGAGGUGAAUAGUGUCCUUUAUGUAAGCCGGAACUGCAGGUAAGAGAGGGCAUAGCAGAUAAUCCAAAUACUGGGACAGAUACUCGGUCACUGAGCCGAUCCCUGCCACUAUAGGGCGACCAGGGGGUCAGCUCCGUGAUUUAUGCACCUUGGGAAGGUGAUACCAUUUUGCUGCUUUUGGAUUCUCUGGUAUUAGUUUUUCAGCUGUUUUUUUAGACACGGUAUUCGAUGUUACAAACUUAUGUAGCAGAGCUCUAAGGCUAUCUAAUAUUUUUUUGGUCGGAUCGUUAGGUAGGAGUGUGUAUGUUGCCCUGUCGGAUAAUUGCCUUUCGGCUUCUUCAUUAUACAUUAAUUUUGGCAAAACUACAACACUCCCACCAUUAUCCGCCCUAGUGAUGACUAUGUCAUCACGUUUUUUUAAAGCUCUAAGUGCUUCCUGUUCGUUAAUCGGUAAAUUUGAUACUGCUUUUGGAUACAGUAUAGAUUUUACAUCGAUAACCACUGCCUUAUGAAACAGAUCUAUACAACCCCCUUGUGCUACUGGUGGUGAAAAAGUAGACUUUUUUUCCUUUAAGGAAUCUGUCUUGGGAUUUUUCAUCUACAAGACUAGGGGCUUCUUCAAAUGCUGUAGCUAGAAGGUGUACACAUUCGAUAUCUGUGACUGAAAAAACUGUAGGUAUGAAUCCUAACUCUCCUAUUUCUGCUGGGGUAUCUCCUGGACACGGUGGAUAUUGUGCAGUGGGUUUAUUGAAAUUUUUUUUUUUAAUUAAUGUCUCUAAUUGCCCUUUCAACAUCAAUUUCAAACAGUGUAGGGUUAAAGUCCUCUGUAAGUCCAUAGUUCAGUCCACGUGAUAGUAGGAACAGUGUAGACGAAUCUAGAUGCAUUUCAGUUAGGUUGAUAACAUUAGAUGGGGUUGUUACUUUCUCCACGGGUUCACUUUUCGCUUUCGUUGUUCCUUCUCUUCUCUUUCUCCAGCUGCGUCUUGUUCGGGUUUUUCUAAAGGGACAUUACUUGUAGAGAUUUUUGAGCUAGGACCUUUUUCGGACUCAGUGCGGUUUUUGUGCGGUUCAGGUUUGCUUGUAGACUUAUGACUUGCUUUAUAUAGGUCACCUUUUCUAGUUUUAUUUUUUAGGUGCCAAUUGAAGACAUGAUCAGUUCCGUAGUCAGAUUUGUCCCGAAGAAAUUUUUCACGUUUCACUAAUUUUAUUUCUUCUUGUAGAGCAAGCAUUUUGGUUUUUAUUUUCGCAAAGAAAGUUUUUCCGCCAUCUUCUGUUACUCUUUUGAUCUACGUGGUUUUGGCUUUAUCAAGUUCCUCUGAUAUACGAUCAUACUCGAUUCUCUUCCUUGUUAGGACUAGAUGUAAGAGCUUCAGAGCGUGUUCAUUGUGGGCUUGUUUCCACAUCUCCAUGAAAAUGGCAUCAUCUUGGAAUUGAGCCGGUGUUUUAAAUGCUCUAAGUCCUCUAGGGACGCGUUCACAAUGUGCGUAUGACUGUAAUGAAUUUACUGUCCAGAAAACCAUGAUUUCUCGUUCAGACAGAGAUGUAAUGCGGUUUUCCAGUGUCUUGAUGCUGAUAAGUUCCAGGUCAUCUUUGGUUCACAUUCCAAAAAGUACCCCCCCCCCCCCGCGUCUUCUCUACCUGGGAGUAGUGCUGAAGAUAGCUGAUCCGCUGGGCUUUCUUGGUCCAUUUCCACAUUUUGUGGCGUGGGGUCAGACAUUUUGGCGUGCUUUGAAUGCCACAAGGCACAAAGUUCCAAUCACACAAGAAAGACAGAGCAAUUUGGCACAGCUUACUUCUGAUCCUCUGGAAUAUAUAGCUCAAUAGCGGGUGUAGCAGUGAGGUGUGUGGAUUUAUCUAUUCAUCAGUCUGAGCACCACAAACAAUUCAUGUAGAAGAAGAAUGAAGCAGUCGGCAACUCACCAAUCCUCAGUUCAGCAAAGUUCUUUAUUGCACAUACUCAAAAUCUGGGUUGCCCAGGGAGAAGACAUGAAUUGUUUGGAUUUAUCUAUUCAUCAGUCUGAGCACCACACACACCUCACUGCUACACCCGCUAUUGAGCUAUAUAGUCCAGAGGAUCAGAA